CCACGCGAGCUGGGACGAGUGGUGGACCUACGAUGGCAUAUCAGGGCCCGACUUCUGGGGGCUGAUCAACCCAAACUGGAACAUGUGUGAGCGCGGCCGCCGACAAUCACCCAUCAACAUCGAGCCCGACAAGCUAGUGUACGACCCGCACCUCAGACACGUUCACAUCGACAAGCACAGGGUGACGGGGACGCUCUUCAACACCGGCCAGAGCGUCAUUUUCAAAGUGGACAAGAGCACCAAGCACCACGUCAACAUCACAGGCGGACCGCUCGUCUACAAGUACCGCUUCGAGGAUCUCUACAUCCACUUCGGCGAGGCGAACCGACAGGGCUCCGAACACCAGAUAGGCGGCAACACUUUCCCGGCCGAGAUCCAGAUGUACGGGUUCAACGUGGACUUGUACCGGAACAUGAGCGAGGCAAGGCUCGGAUCCAACGGCAUCGUGGGACUCUCCAUCAUGAUCCAGGUGGGCGAGAACGGGAACGAUGAGAUACGCAUCCUCUCCUCUGGGUUCGGGAAGGUGACGUACAGGGGACAGAACUGGCCCAUCCGUCACCUGUCCCUGGCCGGCCUCCUGCCCAGCACACAUCACUACAUGACCUACGACGGCUCCACCACGCACCCCGGAUGUUGGGAGACCACCACCUGGCUCAUCAUGAACAAGCCCAUCUACAUCACUAAGCAGGAGCUGUACGCCCUCCGCCAGCUGAUGCAAGGCGACGAGCAGCUGCCCAAGGCCAAGAUGGCGAACAAUUUCCGUCCCGUGAAGGCCCUGCACCACCGCACCGUCAGGACCAACAUUGACUUCACCAACGCCCACCGCUCCAAGGCCUGCCCCACCAUGCACCGCGAGAUGUUCUACGCUGCUCGCCAGUGGCCCAAGCUAUAGCCAACUCUCUGGGUGUAGUCACCAGGAGCGUAAGGCAGGGGAGGCGCACCCCAUAUGGAGCCCCUCACCUUACCCACUCUAGCCCAGCCCAGCCCAGCCCAGUGGGGACAGAAACACGAAGAGAGCAACGCAACAGCCGCAGGAAGGACGGAGGUGGAAGGAUGUUCGGACAGAUGACGUUAAGUUUGAAUAUCGACGAUGAGCAGUCAAGACCGUCCCAAGACUCGACUCGUGCGAAGAGACGGUGUGUUUGUGUGUGUGUGUGUGUGUGUGUGUGUGUGUGUGUGUGUGUGUGUGUGUGUGAAGCCUCUGUGCAGUGAAGGGCGAGAAACAAGAGUCCUGGAAGUGAACAGCAAAACCAGUAUCAGGGAACUGAGAUGAAGGCGGCGAGGCACCAAGCGACUGAGGCCCAGUGAUGCUCUGAAUUGGAGAAGGUAAUCUAUAUAGUGCGGUAAAUAUGUUUCAGUAAUUGCAUGAAAAAAGUUUAAGUGGUAAGGUGCAUCAAGCAAUAUUCAAUGUCAUGAAUAAUAAUUGAAAAAAAAACAGGAAUAGCUACAAAAAAAAGGGGAAAAGCUUUGCUAUGUCUUUAUAAUGCUGGUUUUCAAAUGUGUGUUGCAGUAAGCUUUGUCAAAUAGCUGGCUUCAUAAAAGUAAAAAGCUUUGUACGUGAAGAGAUGACAGCAUUGUGUCCUCGAGGAGACGCGAGUGACUGCCGUUAUUGGAAAAGAAACCAAAACUAUAGGGAGGGUAGGUGGUGUUAGGUUCACGGAGCUGCCCUGUGUAUGCCAACUGACCUCUUGCAGACUCCUUAUGUUCUCAAGAAAAGCAAACAUGUACUCCCUUGAAAAAAAAUCACUAUCAUACUUUCCAGAAAACGGAAGAUGAAUCAGCAAGUAAAUGUGAACCAUCGUCCUGUACAUUCAUAGCUAGGUCGUAUUCAUUGCUGUUUGUAGACUUAAGUGGCAACGGUUAUGUAUCUGAAUCCCACGUCACUAAAUGCUGACACAGGACCUCGCCCUUUGCCGGAGAACCGCCGCCCGCCUUAGGGCAGAUGCAAGCCGGCUCCACACGCACCGACACCUGUCCUCCCUGGCCAGCUCACUCUCUACCAAGACAUCUCAAGACUGUCACGUCUCGAGUAACUAGUAACUGUAACCUGUGUUUGUUAUCAUUAAUAAAGUAUAUUCUUGUA